GUUUUCAAAAUGCGGUUCUUUCACGUCAUUACUUCGUGCUGCGAAGUGCUUCACAAUGUCUGAUGACUUCGUUGUGUCUAAACUCAAGGAAUGGGGCCUUGAGAAGUAUACGGAAGAGUUUAGAGCAAAGGGAAUCGGACAAGCGGCUUUGUCUUUCCUCAAUGACAAGUAUGUCGAACAGUUAGUGCCGGCGUUUGGUGACCAAGUUGUUUUCAAACACUACCUUCAUCAGUUCCAGUCAAAUAACAAUAGUAUCAUUGCUGAUAGCCUCAUGGUAAGUGAGGAUAUAGUUCUGGAUGGAAACAGUGUUGUUGUGGCAUCGGUCCCUCUGGAAAUAGAAACUGUUACUCCUAGUACUUCUUCGAGACCUUCUCAAGUUGAUGUUGAUGCACUUCUCAGCAUAAUCAAGCUGAGUGGCUACGCAAGUGCAUUACUCUUAUUGAAGCGCAGACUGCGCACUAAAGAGAGGCGAGAACUCUGUAGACACAUAGUCCUUUACCACACAAGGGACGACGUUCACCAAAAGAUUCCACACACUCAGUUUGCUGAAUGGGCUGAGCUACUUUCUGCAAUUUUUCCUAAAGAUCCAAAGCACCUUUGGUUCCAACCAAGGACGACUGUAGGAAACAAGAAGGUUGUUGCAAAUGGUGCUAUAUUACAAGCAUAUUAUAGUGCAAGGAGAGAUGUUGGUGAAGUUAACGAUGAGUCUGCUUCCGAUAAUAGUGAUGAAGAUGAUGUCACCGAACCUUUACCAGACUCAGUAUUGACAGAUGUCGAUUGGUUGUCUUCACAUCUCGAGCCCUGGACUACAGUGCAGGAUAAGUGGAGGAAUACCGCAGAAGCUAGAAAAGCAACCAGAGGUAACAAGCGGUACUGUCCUACUGCAUACUUGGAACAAUAUAAAGUACUUCGACAGCCUCUUGGUCACCUGCUGGUCCAAUCUGACUUUGAUCUAUUGUUUGAGGACAAGGCCAACAAAUUAUUCGAUAACAUUGAGUCUUUUAUAGAGAAAGCUUACUUAGAACUAAAGAAUGUGCGUCCUUGCCCUAGAGAACUAAAAUCAGUUUUGAGACAGCAGGAAGUGACAUUGAAAGCGACUGGUAAACUUUCCACUAAUGCAAUUCUGAUGAACUUGUGCUACCUAGUGCCUGUUUAUACAGUCACCAAGAAGAAACAAAAGAAAACUGAUGGUGUUGUUGAAGAAAUUAGAGGCUGGAGGCCAACCAGAAUAGAAGUUCAAAAUGGAUUUAUCACACACAUAGAUGAUGUUUCCAAGCUUCAGGAAACUGUCAACAGAAGAGACAAAAGGUUGCUCGAGGUAAAGCAAACGAGACAACCGUUUGUUGUGAUUGUGGGAAGAGACCUUGACUCAAUAACAGCCUGCUAUGUAUGCAUCAAUGAUUUUUUCUAUCUUCUUAAUUCACCUUUGGAAGCCUUAGACAUU